CAGGCCACAAUGCGUGUAGGGUCGACACUCUCCACAGUGGGUGGGUUGAGUCACUGGUGAACUGGUUGAAUGGCGUUGUCUCAAACGGUUUCCAAACCAUCUCCUAUCCACCUGCCAAUCUUCUCUUCCCAUCACUCCUCCCUUCCUCCUCCAUACCUCUAAGAUGAUCCGAGUUCACAACACCCAGUACUCCCUCUUCCUGCGCCAGGCAGAUGUCCUGCGUCGCUCGGGGACGCUGUGUGAUGCUGUUAUCUCAGUGGAGAGCCAUGUGUUCAGGGCCCAUCGGCUGGUGCUGGCCUGCGCUAGCAAAACCCUGGAGCAUCAGCUCACCCUGCAGGCUGCAUACUCAGACCAGCACGAUCGCCUCGACCAACCUCACCACUGUAGUCUGGAGCUCCUCUCUCCACACACCUUCCAGCAGGUCCUGGACUUUGCCUACACCGAGACCCUGGAGGUCCCUGUGGAUGAUCUGCCCCAGCUUCUGAGGGCCGCCAAGCUCCUGGAGAUGCAUUCCCUGGAGGAGCAGUGUCGCAGCCAGCUGAAGAGAAAUCGGGGGUGCUUGACGAGAGAGAGAAGAGAGUUGAGAGAAAUAAGAGAAGUGAGAGGAACGAAAGAAACUGGAGAAAUGACAGAAACAAGACUUCAGAUAACAGAGGAGAGAGAUGAGAAAGAAUCCCUGAAAGGAAGUCACAUUCCAGAAGAUGGGGAUCCCCAGACAAUUCCCUCCAUUGAUCUGGAGCCCCAGAGCAGCCCAUUCACUGAGGACCCCACUCUUCCUGACACUGACAACUCCUCUGGUUCAUCACCACCACAGAGAAAAAGGCCAAAGCCACUCACACCCACACUAGUGGCCACCACACCGCCUCCAUCCAGAGACAGUGUCAUCGCCACCACUGCUGCCACCAUCCAACCCCCUCCUCCUCCCCCAGCGUCGAGGGUCAUGUGGCACCAAGUCAACACUCUGAGGAGGAUGGCCUUGAACUAUAACGACAUCCUAGCAGCCAGUUCCUCUUCCCUUCACCCCUCACAGCACCUGGUGACAUAUCCCUUCCACCUCUCCUCUCCCCACAUGUACCCCCUGCUAACGUCCUCAUGCCCGCCCCAGGUCCACAGCGCCGUCCUGGGCUACCCGGGCAUCCUGCAUCCAUACCACCACCCCCUGGUCUCUGGGUCUCGGGAGCUGGGAGACAUCCUGAAGCAAGGUCUGCUGGGAAAAAGAGACUCGAUGGAUAAAGUGUUGAUAGGUGGAGCACUAGGGGAAGGGCAAAGAUACUCCCAGGAGCAUCCAGGAAGAACCCAGGACUGUCAGCACUGCAGCAAGGUCCCCCUGGGCAGCUCAUGGCUCCAGGCCUCAAGCACCAACCCCUCAGGCUCAGGUGAGACUUCUCUGGGGUGUAAGUACUGUGAUCGUAGCUUCAGGGUGGAGAGGUCACUGCCGUCCCACCGGCGAGAUCAGGGAGGAGAGAAGCCCUACCAGUGUAAACGCUGCUCCAAGAGGUUCAGUCUCAAACACCAACUGGAUACACACCAUCGGGUACACACAGGAGAGAAGCCGUUUGAGUGCCGUCUGUGUGGCCAGCGGUCAAGGGACUACUCAGCCAUGAUCAAGCACCUGCGGACCCACGGCGGGGCCACACCCUACCAGUGUACUGUCUGCCUGGAGUUCUGUAGCAGCCUGGCUGCCAUGCAGAAACACCUGAAGAACCACCCGCUGCAGGACUUCCCCCCAGACUGGACCAUCAGCAGCACCUACCUGUACACAUGCCAUACCUGAGCUAGCUUGAAGGCAAAUGUAAUGUCAACAUUUUACUGCCAAACAUCUCAGGGAAACUAACUCAUAGAAUGUAAUGUACAUACAUGGUAACAAGACACCAGUUACCGUAGCAUUUAUCCAUGUACUCCAAAAGUGCAUGGAGUACGUCAAUGCAUAUUUCCACCACUAGAGGGACACUGGGUCUCAGAAAAGAAUGUACAACAUGUCUAGCACCAGCAGCAUUAUCAUUAUCAAGCACAGUAUUAUUCCCAUUCUAUCAUGGCUGCAGCUGAAGUCAGUCACUUCCAAGAGACAAGGAAAGGAAACAUCAAGACGAUUUAGAGGCAGCAAAAAAUGUGUCCUUGUUUCAUAUGAAUGUUUCCAUCCAUGUUUGGCCGUUAUCUCUCUCAGGACGACUUGGGGCAAUUGUUUUGUUCUCAAGUUCUUGAUUUUCAUUUAGCCAUAUGUGUUUAGUACAUUUAGAUCUUGUUCGAUUCAUAUUUGCAGCGCCUAUAGAGUCUGCACCUCCUGGAAUUUUGCAUUACAAAGUGGGAUAGAAAAAUAUUUUAUACAUUUUUUAAAACCAUUAAUACUCCCUAAUGUCAAAGUGAAAAGAAAAUUCUACACAUUUUUGCAAAUGAAUAACAAUGAAAUAACUAAAACAUAGUAGCUGCAGAAGUAAUAGCCUAAAUGAAGUAAAACGUGUCUUAACAAAUCACAUAAGUUAUAUGGACUCCCUCUGUGUGAAAUAAUAGGGCUUGACAUGAUUUUGGAACGACUACCCCUUGCUCUGUCCUCCAUACAUACAACAUAUGUAAGGUCCCUCAGCCAAGUGUUGAAUUGGAAGCACAGAUUAAACUACAAAGACCAGGGAGAUUUUUGAAAGCCUCAUAAAGAUGACCAGUGAUUGGAAGAUGGGUAACAAUAACAAAUCAGACAUUGAAUAUAUCUUUAAGCAUGGUCAAAUGAAUAAUUAUGCUGUGGAUUACGUAUUAAACCACCCGGACACAUCAAAGAUGCAGUCGUCCAUCUGAGCUGCAGGACAUUAAGGAAACUGCUUAGGGAUGUUAUUGUGAGGCCAUUGGGGAUUUUAAAACAACUACAGAGUUCAAUGGCUGUGAUGGGAGAAGACUGAGGAUGGAUCAACAACAUUGUAAUGACUCCACAAUAAUGACCUAAAUGACAGAGUGAAAAGAAGAAUAUAAAUAUACAGAAUAUAAAUAAUCCAAAACACGUAUAAAGGCACUAAAGUAAUACUGCAACAACUAAAACAUGGCAAAGGAAUACACUUUUUUGGCCUAAAUGCAAAGCCUUAUGUACUUAUCUAAUCAAGGUAUAUUGGUGUCUUCCACUUUGAUAUUACAGAGUAUUUUGUGGAGGCCGUUGACCAAAAAAUACAAUUAAAUCCAUUUUCAUCCCACUUUGUAACACAAUAUAAUGUGAAUAAAUCCAAGGGGUGUGUAGCCGUUCUAUAGGCACUGUCUAUUUGCUUUAGCCCGUUGCUAUUUUAAUGAUAGUAUUGAUAUAAUAAAUGUACUCAUUUGGCAGAUGGCCUGUUUUUCUAUUGAAUGUAGAUCCUCACACAGUCACACCCAACAACAACAAAAAACAGUAGCCUGUCAAACCUUUAUGACGAUUGAUUUGUUUUGGCAUACAUUACACAGCAGCUGGCAUGCAGAGUGGAUUUGUCAUUAUUAUCUCUUCAGAGAAUAAAUGUUUUAAAUAAAUAUUUAUUUAUUUUUGACAAGUUGUCUGUG